UCUCCCCUCUCCCCUCUCCCUCCUCCAAUUGCCGCCCCUUUGUUGCCAUGACUCACCCGAGCGGCGCCGACACCUCUCCGGACACUGAGCCGACCAUCGCCGAGCAGAAUGCCCGGAUCCUGCGCGAGCGCCUCAGCCACCUGCGCCGCAAGAGCGAUCGCAUGGACGGCGCCGACGGGAAUGCCGUCUCCAUGGACGAGAUCAACCGCAUGAGCAAUGAGGAGCUCGGCUUCGAGCGUGCCACGCACUCGGCCCCGGAGCAGAUCGGCACCUUCCGCCGGCUGUGGAACGGCUUCAAGGCUGACCCGCUUCCUCCGACCGGCGUCAUUGUUUCCCUGGGGAUUGUCUUCGCCGGGCUCAUUUCCAGUGCCAAUGGCAAUGUCUUCCGCUCGAACUUGCUGAUGCGCGCCCGCAUGGGUGUCCACAUCCUCACCGUGUCCUACAUCAGCUACCGCAUGUAUGGGUUCCAGGAGCGCAUGAUCCGCGAGCAGGCCGUCGAUGCCUUCACCCAGGCUGGGAUGCUGGACCAGUAUCCCAACUACACCACCCUGCAGUUGAUGAUGCUGCGCGUGCCGCCCGAGGUCCGGGAGAUCAUGUCCCCGGCCCCGCUGGAGCCGGUCCAGCGCACGUCCACCGCCGCGGCCUUUACCCAGUACAUUCGGAACCUGAAUGCCGACGAGCAGGAGAGCGAGUGAACUCUCUGCUGUGCACAUGCGGCUCUUUGGGCUGUUGCCUUUCUUCACCCCCCCCC